UCUAUAUAUAUAACUAUGAUCUUGUGAGUUCUCAAUUUUAGGGUUUUUCUCUCCUUGAGAUCUCAGAGGGAAGUUCCAAUGUGGGUUCAUUUUCUAAUUUGUUCUUUGUUCUUUGCAUUUGUACUGAGUUUUAGCUAUGCAAAUGACAAGAAAAUUGAGGUUGCUGGGAUUGCAGAAUGUGCUGACUGCAAAGAGAGCAACAUCAAAUCUAGUCAAACCUCUUCAGGGCUACAUGUAACCAUUGAAUGCAAGCUCAAGAAUGGAGAAGUUAAAAGCAGGGGGAAAGGAAAAGUUGAGGAAGGAGGAAAAUUCGAAGUUUUACUUCCUGAGAGGAUUCUGCAGGAAGGAAAACUCAAGGAGGAAUGCUAUGCUCAACUUUACACUGCAUCUGCUGCAUGUCCAGUCCACAGUGGCCUAGAGGAAUCCAAGAUUGUCGUUUUCAAAUCAAAAACUGAUGGAAAAUACAGAUUGAAACCAAAGGGAGUUCUGAAAUUUUCCUAUUUAUUAUGCAAAUCUGAUUUCUAUUGGCCAUUUCGUCAUCCACGUUUCCCUCCAUGGGAGAAAAAUUUUCCCCCAUUGAACCAUUUUGGCUAUCCAUGGUUUUUACCUCCAUUUCCACCAAUUUUUCACAAACCAUGCCCUCCCAUUUACAUGUCAAUGCCACCUCUGCAUUCCCAGCCAAACCCACCAGCGCCCAGCCAGCCUCCUACUCAGUCACCCAUAAAUCCAACCCCACCACCAAUUUACCAGCCACUUCCUCCUCCAAUUCCAAUUUACAAACCAAAGCCACCGGUAAAGCUACUUCCCCCACCAAUUCCAAUCUCCAAACCACCAAUAAAGCCAGUUCUGCCACCGCUUCCAAUAUCCAAAUCACCAGUAAAGCCACUUCCUCCACAGGUUCCAAUCUAUAAACCACCGGUAAAGAAACUUCCGUCACCGGUUCCAAUUCACAAACCACCAGUAAAGCCAGUUCCACCACCAGUUCCAAUCUACAAACCACUAGUUCCAAUAUACAAUCCACCAGUUUACCAGCCACUUCCACCACCGGUUCCAAUUUACAAGCCAUUUCCACCAAUCCUCUGGAAACCCUGUUUUCCUUUCCCAUGGAUUCCUCCACAUUACUUCCACCACCCUAAGAUCGGGUGGUUCCCGUUUCCUCCCCUACCUCCUCUUAUUCCUCCCCCGUAGGCUUCAGCUGGUGUGAAACUGAGCUGGAAACAUCUAGUUUCACUUAUUUUAGAUGUUAAAAUUUCCAUUUAUGCAAUGAAAAACUCUCAGACAGUAAACAACUGAAAAUAAAUGAAUGCUAAGAGAGAUGGAUCAGUUU